CAAUAAAAUCAUCUCAUAUCUAAUCUAUAUGUAGCUAUAAAUAUAUAGAGCUCAUUUUUAAAGGCAUCACCUAUGUUUAUACUAUACAUAUACCUAUACUUAUAAAUACAUGGAAGAAACCCUAGCUAAUGAUAAUACUCAUGAUUCUCGCCACCACUCCUCCACCGUGGACACCUCUCGUCCCUUUCGCUCUGUCAAAGAAGCCGUCGCAAUCUUUGGAGAACGUAUUCUUGCGGGUGAAAUAUACUCUUUAACUCCUUCACCAAAUUUCUCUAAUAACAGCUAUCAUUUGCCACAACAAAAUGAAUACCAAGAACAAUACGUAAAAAAUGAGGUGAUUAGUACAAGUAAUGUGCAUUACUCUCCUAAUUCACCAUUAUUAUCAUCAUCAGAUGAUAAUAAUAGUAAUGAUAAUAGGAAUUCGAUGAUAAUGGAGGCAGUGAAGAGAUUAGAGAGGGAGUUGGAGGUAACAAAGGCCGAGUUGAAGGUGUUGAGGGAGAGAGAACAGGAGACUGAGGUGGCGGUGGCUUCACUCAAUGCCGAGCUCCAUAAGAACAUGUCAAAGAUGGCGGCGGUUGAGGCAGCAAAAGCAGCUGCGGCGGGGACAAGUGCAGAGGAAGAGAGAAUAAGAAGAGAGUUGGUAAGGAGAAUGGAGAAGAAUCCUACUUUGGCUCAAAUAUUAAGCUUAGGGCAUGAUCAUGAUCAAUAUGGAAAAAGAAAAAGAAGUAGUACCAAUAAGAAGAAAAUCAAGCCUAUUGUUCCUCUUGUUGGAGAUUUAUUUUCAAAGAAAAAAUAUUAAUUUAUUUUUAUAUACAUUGUUCAUAGUUUUUCUCACUCAUUUUUUGUUUUUAUUAUUUGUUGUGUAUCUUUCAUAUUAAUUUGUUUUGUGUUCUAUUCCAUAUUUCAAACACUUUCAAGUGAUGUAAAAUCUUGUUUGUGAAUGUAUAUGUGUAAUUCUUUAUUCACGGUGAGCUUACCUUCUUUUCUUUGUUCACUUUUGAGUUUUGAGUGUAACUUUGUUGAAUUAAUAUGUAAAGUUUCUAUACUUAUUUAUUGAUGUUAAUCUUACCUUGGUUACUAUACA